AUGGGGAAGCAACGUAAAACAAGGAAGAUUGUUGAAAAAAGAUUUGCAAAAAUGAAAAAGCUUAUAAGUCCGAGUGAUCCACGUAUUAAGGCAAGCGAGCGUUUGGAACCAAAAAAGAAGAAACCAAUUGAUCCACAUGAAAUGAAAAUUCGAGAAGUCCCUCAAGCGAGUUCGGCUUUGUUUUUUCAGUAUAAUACGCAAUUAGGUCCUCCAUAUCAUAUCCUCGUUGAUACUAAUUUUAUAAAUUUUUCAAUUAAAAACAAAUUAGAUAUUGUGCAGAAUAUGAUGGAUUGCUUAUAUGCAAAAUGUAUUCCAUACAUUACGGACUGUGUUUUAGGUGAAUUAGAAAAAUUAGGUAGAAAGUAUCGUGUGGCUCUAAGAAUAAUAAAGGACCCUCGAUUUGAAAGAAUAGCUUGCCUUCAUAAAGGAACAUAUGCUGAUGAUUGUAUUGUUCAAAGAGUUACUCAGCAUAAGUGCUAUAUUGUAGCAACUAAUGACAAAGAUUUGAAAAGAAGAAUUAGGAAAAUACCUGGAGUGCCUAUAAUGUAUGUGGCACAACAUAAAUACACCAUUGAAAGAAUGCCUGAUGCUUAUGGUGCCCCUAAGGGAGCUAUUUAG